UUUUGCCAACAUGUGUUUGCUAGAUACCAAACUGCAUCUUCUUACGACGACGACUCGUUAUAAAGCGUAUCUUUGAAGUCUUACAAUAAUGCGAAAAUGGGCACAAACGUAAGAUUAAAAUGGAACGAUUUAGAGUCCACCUUGUUUAAAUUGGUUCAGCACAACGAGUUACAAAAAGUUCGGGAAUUUUUUCGCAAAAUCGGUGAAGAGGAUACAAGCGAACUUUCUCCAAUUUUGGGCAGUUGCAAGCAUAUCAUAAAUUUAUUUUCACUCAAAAAAAGCGGAGACACUGUCCUUCAUUUGUGUGCCAGGUUGGGUUACUUUGAGUUAUUCAAAUACUUUGUUGAGGAAGAAGGUGCCAAUAUUGAGCAGUUAAACAAGGAGGGGAAGACAGCCCUUCACGAUGCCGCACAAUUUUCCAAUGCAGUCAUCGUCCAGUACUUACUGCACCGUGGGGCCAACAUUAACGUUGUUAAAAAGGCGGACUGGACACCACUUAUGCUGGCUUGUACGAAACCAGAAAAUUCGGACGUGGUGAGGCUUCUUGUCGCCGCGGGGGCAGAUCUUGCAUUUGUGAACAAGGAUGGUUGGAAUUGUGUUCAUCUUGCUGCUAGGGAAGGAAAUGUUGACAUCGUUAGUAUGCUACUGGGAGGAACUGAGCCCUUGUCAGCAUCAUUGGACAGGAGCAACAGAGGAGGAAAUUAUGAUCUGUCACAGACAAAAAGCAAAAAUGGGAGGAGACCUUUACACACUGCAGUAAUGCACGGACACCUGGAAGUGUCACAACUGCUAUUAAAUCAUCAACCGGAUCCUGCCGAAGACAUAAAUACUCCAGAUCACUGUGGUAUAACUCCGCUCAUGGAUGCCUGUCGCUUCGGUUAUCUACACAUAUUUAACUAUCUUCUCAAACUGGGUGGAAAUUUGCACCAAAUCAAUCAACAGGGACAGAACUGUUUGCACGUUGCUGCUGAGGCAGGACAAACCAGCUUGAUUGAGGAAUUGGUGAACAAUUGUGGGAUGAAUGUGGAUGAGCCUGCACAAGACGAUGCAAAAAUGAGGCCAUUGCAGUGGGCAGCAAAGGAAGGUCAUGUCAAUACGAUAGCAUUACUAUUAAAACUAAAUGCGGACACCUCACUGCAGGAUGCCAAAGGACGAACAGCUUACGACCUUGCAACGACAUUUGGACAACGGCCUGCUGCUCAAGUAUUAGCCAUUGGUUAAAAUCCCUCUGAAGUACACAAAAUUCGAAACUAGCGUAAGACAUUGAAGCAAGAGACUUUGUACUUUUGAAAAAGAUUUAAUAAAAAUACGAAGAACUAGAAACAAUACUCAUGA